UAUUGCAUAGAGAUUGAUGGAAGCAGAAACCAAAACUCUUCCCCUGGAAAAUGCAUCUAUCCUUUCAGAGGGCUCCCUACAGGAAGGGCACCGGUUAUGGAUUGGCAACCUGGAUCCCAAAAUCACAGAAUACCACCUCCUCAAGCUCCUCCAGAAAUUUGGCAAAGUAAAGCAGUUUGACUUCCUCUUCCACAAAUCAGGUGCUUUAGAGGGGCAACCUCGGGGUUACUGUUUUGUUAACUUCGAAACUAAGCAGGAAGCAGAACAAGCCAUCCAGUGUCUCAAUGGCAAACUGGCUCUAUCCAAGAAACUGGUGGUACGAUGGGCUCACGCACAAGUCAAGAGAUAUGAUCAUAACAAAAAUGAUAAGAUCCUUCCAAUCAGUCUUGAACCCUCCUCAAGCACCGAGCCUACUCAGUCUAACCUAAGUGUCACUGCAAAGAUUAAAGCCAUUGAAGCAAAGCUGAAAAUGAUGGCAGAAAAUCCGGAUGCAGAGUAUCCAGCAGCACCUGUUUAUUCUUACUUUAAGCCAUCAGAUAAAAAAAGGACUACUCCUUAUUCUAGAACAGCUUGGAAAUCUCGAAGAUGAUAGUUGUCAAUUAUUGGAGCAGCAAGAACAAAUUGAUCUUCACACCUGAAAUCCUCUGCCUUUGUACUUUGUAGAUAUGAAUGGGAUCUCCAACAGAGCACAAUCAGUGUUACAGUUUGGUAACAGUAUUUUUUUUUAUGAAUGUUUCUUCUUUGAAGUAUGUGCAUAAUUGAGCGUCAUCCAGAAUAAAUAGGAUUAUAUCCAAAAUUGUGAUUUUAACACUGGGAUGCUUUAGUUGGCUGGUUUGUUUGGCUUUGUAACUCCAGAAACAUUGUACAGUAUGUAUGCCAGAGGGAAAAGAAACAAAAUGUUGUUAUUUGAAUCAGGAAACUGUUUAUUAAUAUCUUUCUUUAAAAAACAAAAGUAAGUCAUUUUUCU